AUAGUUAGAAGCAUCCAAGACUGGCUAGAUCUGCAGAGACAGAGAAGGACAAUAUUUCAUACCUCUAGGAAUUCGUUGCAGAGGAAUGGGAGGAAGAUAAAUAAGAGCAGUAUGGCAGUAGGUUUCUAGAAGACAUCGUGAACGAGUUGUCUUCUGUGUCUGGUCGAUCAUUAGAUCCGUGACUGACGGCGGGUGGCUGGUCAACCAAACGCUCAACUGAAUCUACACGUGCACUACAAGAAGGCAGUCGCCAAAAUGCGACGAAAAUGGUGUUCAAAGAAAGGUGGCAAGGUUGUUUCAUCAUUACACUAAAAGGAUCAUCACUUUGAAUAGUUACUACCAUGGCAAGCGUAAAGGGAUAUUUAAUGCAUCUUCUUGUUCAAAUUUUCAUUUUCGUGUUCAUGUGGAAAGUAGUGGCAUUAAAGACAUUGGGUAGUUUGUGUCCAGAUAGGUGUAACUGUAGUCAACGUUUCUCCAGUGGCCUCAAAGCCAAGGUGCUAACAGUUAACUGUUCUUACCAGAAUCUUAAAAAUGCCCCUCUUGGAAUUCCCUCAAAGACACAGUCGCUGUUUUUGUCCGGAAAUCGAUUCCUUGAUCUGUUCAACAAACUCCCAGAACUACCACAAUUGAUGGAGCUUGACUUGUCAAAUAAUAACAUCAAACGUCUUGGUAGAGGAACCAUUUUCCAAAAUUUUUCACGGCUGAAAGUUUUGGAUCUGUCCAAUAACAAAUUUAAAACUCUUUUCAAUGGUGUUUUUCGUGGUAUUCAUAGGCUGGAAAGGCUUACUAUUGCUAACGGAAAUCUAAAAUUUAUCGAUGAACGGGUAUUUGAGGGAAUGAAAAUAUUACGAUACUUAAAUUUGAAAAAUAACCAGAUUCACUCAAUAGCACCAGAAUGGUUUCUUGAUAUGAUUAAUCUGGAAAUUCUAGAAAUAGAUCACAAUGAAAUUUCCUAUAUAAGUAGUGGCACUUUCUCAUCACUAGCUAACCUACUUAAUCUUUCUCUAACAAACAACCAAAUCCGUGGAAUGAGUGAUAACGCUUUUGUUGGUCUUCAUAAACUCAAGAGUAUUUUCUUGGGUAACAAUUAUAUUCAGCACGUUCCGUCAGCCCCCGUCCAGUCGCUGAAAAAGCUCAAGCUGUUGAAUCUCGAUUCCAAUCCCAUACCCCUACUUUACACUCGUGACUUUGUUAAUUUGUCCGUUGUGGAACUUUCUGUUUCAAACAGUACAUCGUUAACCCUGAUCGAUGAGGGUGCUUUUUGGGAUUUACCAUCUCUCGAAUCCAUCCAUCUCCAGAAUAAUUACCAUCUACAAUUCAUUGAUCCGGAAGCUUUUAUUAAAGUACCUAAUCUUCGCUUUUUAAACUUGAGCAAUAACAAUAUCUCUGCUAUUAGUCAGAACAUCGUGAAACAGAGAACGAAUGUGCAAAUAAGCUUGAGUGGGAAUCCAUUGCUUUGUGACUGUAAUCUACGAUGGAUUAAAGAGGCGCUUGAUAAUUCUUCCACGGUAGUGUUUAUAGAAUCAGACAACCUACUUUGUAAGCAGCCAGAAGAAGUCAGUAAUACACGCCUACAAGACUUAGAUCUAGGAAAUAUGCCAGUUCAAUGUGCACCCGUCCUUGUUGGGCCAGUGAAUCAAACAGUUGAGAAGACCAUAGGAGAAUUUCACAUCUUUGAAUGUAGAGCUUUUGGAAAUCCUUCGCCAUCUGUUUACUGGGUUUUACCAUCAGGUAAAAUGCUAAAUGACACUACAAAUGAUAUUCACAUUCAAAUGAAACAGCCCGAAAGCUUUGUGAUUUUCCACUUGAAGCCUAAUGACUCAGGAGUGUAUUCGUGUGUUGCCGAAAAUGUGCUUGGCCAAGCCGUCGGUGCUAUACGUCUCCUUGUAGAUAGUAUUGACAUUAACAUCUUUCCUCAGAGAGUAUCCUCCACUUUUGUUACUGUCGUUUGGAACGGCACAGCAAGAAAUACUUAUCCAGAAUACGACUUGCUCUAUCGCAUCGAGGGUGAGAAAACUGACAGGUAUGAGACAGUUACUGUCAGUUAUAUUUUUCGAUCUUAUACCAUUAAUAACCUUCAGCCUGAAACCACAUACAAAAUUUGUAUUGCUGUCAAAGACGAUGAAGGAGAGAAUCUCAAAUUAUCUUGUACUCACGUAAAAACCCAAGAUGCAAACUUUAUCAUGCAAGGAAUUCAAACAACAAGCAACGUUGCGAUUGCUGUUGUUCUUGGAAUCAUAUCGGGGAUGGUAAUCAUCAUUUGUUUCGUUUCUGUAGCAGCUCGGAAAUAUCGACAGAGACAUUAUGAGACUCCACAAAAGUCUCUUAUCAGUAACAUGGCACAUGGAACUCCUCCGGAAAAUGUCAGUAGCCUAAUUGUGACACGAACGGAACCUUGCCUUGAACAAGAUUAGUCCCUCAAGUUUUCGUGUUUGCUAAGUAAGAAAAAAAAAACAAACUUUUUUUUUCUCAACAAGUGUAACAGAACACGUGGGGCAUAUUGUUGUGGAUAUAACUUUAAUGUAUGAGGCUAAAAAUUGAUAAUUCGACUAUUGAACUAAUAUCUCUAAACUUUCUAAAUGAUGACGUGUGUCUCAGGAGUAGCCUAAAGAUACAAGAUUCCGAAUAACUUCACGUUCGUAAUAUUAAAGUAGAUUAUCAUCAGACAUUUAUAUCAAAUAUAAAAGUAUGGCGAUAUUACAUCUGAAAGAAGUCUUGUUCUAGUACGUUGGAAGAAACUGUUGUUUGCAGAUUUCAUGUAAUUUAGGUAUAUUAAGAGUUAAAUUAUUUGGUUGUUUUCAUUGAAAAAUUAGAAGUUUCUACCCAUAUUAACCACAGAAUAUGGUCUUGAAUACAACUUUAAUAAACGUUAUUAUAUUUAACCUUCCAACAUAGAUGAGAAACUACUUCUGUGAUCGAUCCAUUAUACUAAACACGGAGAAGUAAAAACGUAUGAUAAUCUCAUGAAAGUGAUGCGGUAAAAUAGUAAAUGUUUUGGUUUGGGCAAAGAAACUAUUCUGUAGCUUUAUACUGGUAUAGUUUAGUUCCUAAACUUCAGAAAAGGUAAUAUAUCUUUAUUGUUUUUAAUAUUUUUUAUUAUUAGAUAAGAACUUUAAGUCUCAAUAUUUUAGGAUAUAUGUUGCCCAACGCGUGCGAAACAUCAUUAAACUUUACCCCUUCUUUUAACUUUUCCAAGUCACUACUAUAGUUAUACGGAAUAAAAUGUUUCCUACUUUAUUAUUAUGCUUAUUUCAUUAAAAUUAUUUCAGUAUUUUCCUAUAUAGAUUAAGAAUGCUAAGCUACAAAAGGAAAAUGACUAAAUAAUGAUGUAACAAGGUAGCAAUUAUUCACUGCUUUCCAGUGUUAUGUAUAAUUUCAUUAACAAAUAAA